UGUUAUCGACAAUUACAAUGGACGUAGACUUCUCCGGCAAAGUCGUUUUAGUAACCGGCGCUAGCGCAGGUAUAGGUGAGGCGGCCGCGUUACUAUUCGCUCAGUACGGAGCGUCGGUGGCUCUCGUUGGACGAAAUGAGAAGAACUUACUUUCUGUCACUAAACGAUGUGAGCAAUCGAAGGGCAAUCCAGCUCUUGCGAUAGUGGCUGACCUCGGUACGGAUGCUGGGUGUGAGGAGACCGCUAGGAGAACUAAAGAACGAUUUGGCAGGUUAGAUGUGCUCGUGAACAACGCUGGAGUCACUGCUCGGAGCACCCUCCAGACAGCAGACAUGCAAACGUUCGACACCGUGUUUGCUAUAGACGUUCGAGGCGUUUACAACCUGACCAGGCUUCUGGUGCCAGAAUUGAUCAAGACUAAAGGAAACAUUGUAAACGUGUCCAGCAUCUCCGGAUCUAUGGUUGCAGUUGGGAGUUUGCCGUAUAGCAUGGCUAAGGCUGCUCUGGACCACUUUACUCGGGUUAUCUCUCUAGAGUUGGCCCCACUAGGGGUCAGAGUCAACACCGUCAGUCCAGGUGUAACAAUCAGUAAGAUCGUGCAGCGUGUGACCAACUUCACGGAUGAGCAGUACAAUGAAUUUCUGAAUGAGGCCGCCGGGGCUAUUCCCAUGGGCGAGGUGUGUACGGGAGAAGAUGUCGCCAAGAUGAUACUUCACUUGGCGAGUGACAACAGCAGGCUGGUGACGGGUGUCAUCGUGCAGGUGGAUGGAGCGCUUCAGUACGCCAAACUUGGAAACCUGAUGAAGAAACAAGUGAAAUGAUUUUUUCUAAAUCGUAUUUUUUUAUGUAUAUAAUUAUAAUGAAGAAGGACGAAUAAUCCAACGGCCCAUCUAACGGUAGGUGGCAACCGUACCUUAUAUUUAUUCCAAAUUAUUAAACUCAUAAAGUAUUUAAGUUAAUAAGAUACAUUUACCGUUAAGACUAUCCUUAACUCAAUUGAUGGAUGUCAAACUUCAAAUAUAUAUUAGAUUAACCCCGAAAACAAGUGAUAAAUAUAAUACAUUGCAUUGUAAACGGUCCAUCCGUUUGAGAGGUAGUUCAGAGAUUGGACGAUAUUAUUUUAUAUUAUAAUUUUUCUUUUUUUAUUGUAAUAUAUCUUAUUUUACUUUCUAUUUACUAUAUAAUGACCAACU